AUGACUCUCCUUGCUGCGAGGCGAAUAGGCCGAGUCUGGACCUCGGCCGACCGUUACAGCUCCGCUCUUCUUCGAGCUCGAUACUACAGUUCCAACUUUGCGUCACCCAAUGACCACCCAACGGCCAAGAAGCAGCCACAGUUCCACGAUUACUUCGUGACACAUCUGCCCUCAUCCUCCCUCCAUCCAGAUCCCCGCGGUCCAUCCGCCCCGUUCCAUAAGCUCCCUCGUUCCGCCUCCGUACCGCAUACCGGAGAUACGUCGCAGUCGCCGGCUAGCGCUUCGGCUUCGUACCAGGCAUUAAUAGACCGUGAGACAACCGUUGUACGGAUUCCGCUUCGGAGCGCGAAGCACCAUUUCGGCGCCGUCACGGCCCGUGGCACCCGCCCGGCCAAUGAAGACACAUACCAAGCUGGUGUCAUUGACAUCCCGGCAUUUGCCAAGCGGCCCCCGACGUCGCUGACUAUCAAGAGACGGGGCAACGGAGAACCUCUACCUACACCGCGCGAGUCGCGGGCAGCGGAGACGGCCAGCGGUGAUCCGCAAGUGUUCUAUUUCGGUGUCUUCGACGGCCAUGGCGGAGUUGAUUGCAGUGCCUUCUUGAGGGACUACCUGCACGAAUAUAUCCAACAUGCGGCGGUCGAUAUAGAUCUCAAGUCGAGUCUCCGGCGCGGUGCGGAAAUUCCACCGUCCAACAGUGAGCUCCCUGUCUUGCAGGAAGGCAACCGGAACAAGAUUGGCGACUUGGAGAAGAACCUUGUACAGGACUGGAGACGCAUAGUGGGUGGUUAUUUCAAACGAUUCAAGCCGCCACAUUUUGCCUAUCACGGCCUCGAGUCUGAAGACCCCAGCAUCCUAGACCACAUUUCUAUCGAGGAAGUCAUGGAAUACGCCUUCCUCCGUGCAGACCUCGACUUUCUCAAAGCGCAAGCAGCGAAACGAGACAAUGAUCUCGUUCAGGCCGAGAGGCCUCUGAAUGACGAUGAAAUAUUCCACCGACCCAGCAUGACUCGCUCUCCCAAAAUCGGCGGACCCAGCCGAUUCAAGGGCGGCAGCACAGGUAGCAUCGCGCUGAUCUCAACACCCACUCCCACUCCGUUCUGGCACCCCAUCGGUCCAUCGAGUCUAUUAGUAGCCCACGUUGGGGACACCCGCAUGCUCCUCUGCUCAACGACAACAGGCGAAGCGAUCCCGCUCACAUCCAACCACCACCCCUCUUCCCCAAUCGAAGCAAGCCGACUUCGCCGCUACGCAGCAACCUUCGUCACGGACUCCUUCGGCGAAGAGCGCAUGAGCGGGCUAGCCAACACGCGCUCUUUCGGCGACAUGCAAUCCAAGCGCAUCGGCGUCUCCGCCGAGCCAGAACUCAAACGCAUUGAAAUGGGGCCCGCAGAGUUCUCGUUCUUAGUUAUGGUUUCCGAUGGCAUCAGCGGAACCCUCCUUGAUCAGGAGAUUGUAGAUAUCGUCAAGGAAUCCCGGACGCCUGAGCAGGGCGCGCGCGAUGUGGUCAAUUUCUCCACUGAGGUUACAAGGGAGGGUGACAAUGCUACUUGUCUUGUUAUUCGUCUUGGUGGCUGGGAGAGACGACUUGAAGGUGGUGUUGGAAGCUUGGGGACUAAAGAGUCUCGUGAGUGGCGUCGGCAGGAUGCUACUGAUCCGCGCAGGUCACGGACGUGA